GCCAUUCACUGGAGUUCGCUUAACCCCUACAAACCUCAUCAAAGGGAGAAUUCCAUUCAAAGAGACCAUACGAAAUGCUGUCAAUAUUACGAAAAGCCCGACUAAAGGAUAAAGAAAUGAGAAUACUGAUGCUGUACAUAUCCUGAAGUUCUAUAACACCCAAGUAUACGAACUGACGGCAUUGAAGUGGCCUUGAUAAUGCUGGCAAGACGACGAUUGUCAAGCGCAUCAUGAAUGAGGAUGUCACCACUGUCAGCCCAACUCUAGGGUUCAUUAUCAAGACGAUUGAUUUUAUGGGUUAUAAGCUUAAUAUAUGGGAUGUUGGAGGACAAAAAACGAUCCGAUCAUACUGGCAGAACUAUUUUGAAAAGACGGACACAUUGAUCUGGGUCGUUGAUGCGACAGACCGUCUGAGAAUCGAUGACUGUCGUCAAGAGCUUGCGGACUUGCUCCUUGAAGAGCGGCUCAUGGGAGCCAGCCUCCUCGUUUUUGCAAAUAAAACAGAUGUGGAAAGUUGUAUGACAGUGGAUGAGAUUCGCCAACGGCUUUCUCUGGACGCGAUCAAAACUCACAAGUGGACUAUUUUGCCUUGUAGCGCAAUGACAGGGAGAAACCUCAACGAGGGGUUGGAGUGGGUGGUGAAAGAUGCAAAAGACCGACUCUUCCUUUACUAGCAGGUAACUAGGUAUCCUUCUGUCGUUAUUACUCCGCCCCGCGUCAAAUUAGGAUUCUUUGCUUGACUGCUGCAGGAGAAAGCAGAUAAGAAGGCAAUUCUACUCAAUUGAAUUAUCGCGGGGAGCUGAAGUAUCUCGAUCUGUUCCAAUUAAUGCCAGACGGAGACAGGAGUUGUCCGAAUAGGCUUCGAUGAAUACAAUAAUAAUAAUGAUACC